UCAUAAUACUUAUCUUUACCUAUCCAUACCCAUUCACUUACAUAAAUCCUCUUUUUCUGUUUCAGAAUGACAUCGACGAAAAAACGAUGCACGCUCUUCGCAAGGCCUUUGCAUCAGUGGACAAGACAAGAAGUGGCUUCGUAGACAUCAAAGACAUUGAGGGAAUCUUCAACAAUAUGGGGACCGCCUUCGAUAUCGACGACCUGAAUGCGACGAUUAAAAGAGUCGACAUUGAUAACGACGGCAAGAUCAACUUCGACAAGUUCGUGAUCAUCGCCUCCAACUUUUUGCAAGAUGAUGACGACGAGACCAUAACGAAUGAGCUGAGGGAAGCCUUCAGACUCUACGAUAAAGAAGGUUUGGAUUCACGGACGUACCUCUUUGUGUUGUAGAGGUUCAUUAUUAUUAUUUUGCCUU